UGGAUUACUGUGAGUUAUGGAUAUUAUGCGUUAUGGUUUUUAAUCAACUUCUGUAUGGUAUUUGUGUUGGAUAAGUAACAUUUUUUGGCCCAUAGGUGUAAAAUAUAAUCAGAUUCGAUGAAAGUGGAAAUGGAGGAAAUCGACGACACCACAAUUUGUGAUUCUGUGAAUUCUUUGGUUGAAGGAUGCAGGCUCCCAGUUCAUAUGACUGGGACUUCAGACUGGCCUUUGGCCGAAAUUAUCAGUAUUAAGGACGUAGAAGGAUCAAAAUUAUAUUAUGUCCAUUACGUUGAUUUUAAUAAACGGUUAGACGAGUGGGUCACUGAGGAAUCUCUAGAUACUCGUAAGGUCCACUUUCCAAGACGGGACGGCGGGAGUAACACUGGAGUAUCAACUCCGAAAAAAAUUCAUAUUGGGGGUGGUGGUGCUGUUGGUUCGGUGUCAAGACCGUCAAGUCCUGUUACAGCCCCACCAGAGUUGGUCAACGGUAGUGCUGUUUUAGCAGCGGCGCUACAAAAACGGAUAAAUAGGAAAAGAAAAGGACCAUCUCUUGAAAGUGAAGAUUCGCAAGAUGGUCCCACACAGAUGCCUCCAGGGCCGAGGCAGUCUGGAAGUAUGGUGUCUCAUCAUGAUGAUGUUGUCACCAGGAUGAAAAACAUUGAUAUGAUUGAAUUGGGAAAACACAGGAUAAAACCAUGGUAUUUUGCUCCAUAUCCACAGGAGAUGGUAAACUUGGGUUGUAUAUACAUUUGCGAAUUUUGCCUAAAAUAUAGAAAGAGCAGAAAGUGUCUUGAACGCCACUUGGUCAAGUGUAAUUUAAGGCAUCCACCCGGAAAUGAAAUUUAUAGAAAAGAAAACGUCUCGUUUUUCGAAAUAGACGGGCGAAAAAAUAAAGUAUAUGCCCAGAAUUUAUGUUUGUUAGCGAAACUUUUCCUAGAUCAUAAAACAUUGUAUUAUGACACUGAUCCGUUUUUGUUUUACGUUAUGACCAUAUUUGAUAAUAGAGGUUUUCAUAUUGUUGGGUAUUUUUCAAAAGAGAAAGAAUCAACAGAAGAUUUUAAUGUUGCUUGUAUUUUAACAAUGCCUCCGUAUCAGCGAAAAGGUUACGGAAAAUUACUAAUCGAAUUUAGUUAUGAAUUAUCAAAGUUCGAAGGUAAAACCGGUUCCCCCGAGAAACCUCUUUCCGAUUUAGGUUUAUUAUCAUAUAGAAGUUAUUGGGCACAAGCUAUUUUAGAAAUUUUAAUAUCAAUGAAACCCGUAGGUGAUAAUGAGAAGCCACAAAUAACGAUUAAUGAAAUUUGUGAGUUAACAAGUAUUAAAAAAGAAGAUGUCAUCUCAACUUUACAAAAUUUAAAUUUAAUCAAUUAUUAUAAGGGUCAAUAUAUUAUUACCUUAAAUCAGGAAAUUAUGCAAAGUCACAAAAAAGCCAUGGAUAGCAGACUUGUCAGAAUCGACCCUAAAUGUCUGCAUUGGACACCCAAAGACUGGGGAAAACGCGCUAAGUGGUAGAUUAAUAAAUAUUUUUUUUACA